UAGUCGAUUUUUAUAUUUUGUGAUUUGAGUGAGAAAAGGUGUCUCUCAAUCACAUACUGAUAAUCUACCAGUAUACAUAAAAUUUUAAGCUCUAUCCGAAUUUGAACGUUUUACAUUUCGGAAACGCGUAUUGUCAGAGAUAUACGCGUUUCAAGAAAAACUUAAUUAAGACAAAAACUCGCUUUUCGACUUAAUUACCAAAUUCUAAGUUCUGAUUUUAGUUUCAUUAGACAGAGGACGUAAAAUUACAUAUAUUUUACCCGGCUUUCUCUUCGGGAACAUGGUGCAGUCAUUUCAGAUUCAGCUAGAGAUUGAUCUCAAAAUAAGUACAUGAAGAGCAAAUUUCUUGAUGUCUUUUAGCUCUUUCUUUCAAUGCUGUUUACUUACUCUAAAGUUAUCAUUCAGCUUAUUCCAUUUUUCGUAUCUUUUAUAUAUACACUCUAAAAAAAGUCGUAGAUUAAUAAACUAUCAAAAAGGGUUUAUUGAGAUCAAUACACCUUUUAAAAAACGCUUUUCCGUUUUUUAUAUCCAAAAAACUAAAAAGCGUUCAUGACAGAUGCAAAAUGUAAAACGGGCGGUUCUUUAUCAAAAAUAAAAACUUUUCAGGUUUUUGUAGAGUCUAAAAAGCUAGCUAAAAAACUGAAGAUUUUUUUAGCUGAUAUUUUAGACUCGAGACUCGACAAAAAACGGAAAAGAGUUUUUUAUUUUUGAUAAAGAACCGCCCGUUUUUCAUUUUGCAUCUAUCAUGAACGCUUUUUAGUUUUUUGGAUAUAAAAAACGGAAAAGCGUUUUUUAAAAGGUGUAUUGGUCUCAAUAAACCCUUUUUGAUAGUUUAUUAAUCUACGACGAUUUUUUAGAGUGUACGCGUGUCUUCACAGGAAAACAAAACUGUAUUUUUUCUCGUCUCACAUGUUUUGUCGAACGUAUCACAUAUAGGUCGAUACUUGUUUUAUGCUUCCUUGAGAUUCAGUCCCGAUUCGUCGACAAAUUAAUAAAAAAUAAUUGAAAUUCCCGACUCGUCGACAAAUUCAUAUAUAUGCAAUAAAACAUAAUUCCUAGCUGUAAGUAUUUAUUUCUAAUCAAGAGCAGAAAUUAAUCAACCAGCUUUAUAUUUAAUGAUAUUUAUAAAACGAUGCAUUUUUAAAACAGUGCGAGAUGUAUAAAUACGUUUAGUUUUCUGAAUCUGAUUACAACAGAAAAUUAUUGAGUAUUUUUCGUAACUUACUCAACUUUUUAAAAAUAAUGUAUUCAAUUGGCGAAACAGAGAGAGGUAAGACUUGUUUGUUAUUUUUAGGAUAUCGGUACGUAAAAGACCGAAUGCGAAAUGAAAACACGUACUGGCUUUGUGAAAAUCGUUCAACCUGCAAUGGUCGUGCUGUUCAAAGAAGAUCCGAAGCCCCAGUUGUUUCAACACCGCAUAACCAUGAACUGAAUGUAGAGCCAAAUGAGCGAGAGGAAUUUCGCACAAAUUUGAAACGACGUAUCCGGGAAGAACCAGUAUCGGUCAGGAAAUUGUUUCGUUCGGAACUAGUGAAGAUUCAAACAACAAGUCCAGAUAAUGUGUCUACAUUACCACAAUUCGAUACAAUUAAGAAUUCUUUAUAUCGGACAAGAAAUGAAAAAUAUCCACCAUUACCGAAAUCCAUUGACGAUGUAAAACUCGAGGGUUCAUGGCGAUUAACACUUAACAAUGAAGAUUUUUUAGUAAUCGAUAAUAGUAGUCCUCGUUAUUUAUGUUUUGGAACGACCGAUUCAUUAAAAUUAUUAUGUGAUUCUGAACAUAUAUUUAUGGAUGGUACAUUCAAAUCUUGUCCAGCACCAUUUGCACAGAUAAAAACAAAAGCAGGAAUUACACAACAAACGACAGCGCCACGAAAGAAAAUAUAUGUGAAUAGAAAUACCUGUAUCCUUGAUUUACUGAGUCGUUAUAACAGUGAUACAUUAGCCUUAGAUGAUUAUUUAAUUAAAAUUAGUAAAACUAUUGGAAAGAAGAACAAGAACCGCGACGUCGACAAUAACAAUUUGGUGUGA